AAAAACUGUCUAUUCAAGGAAAUUGACUAUCAAAAUCACACGUAAUUUUGUGUGAAUAUUACGAAAGGAAAGGAAAAGUGAUAAUGUUUAGUGAGACUUAUUUAAUAUUAAACCUUGUUAAAGACACCUGGGAAAGGGUCUAUCGGUAGAUAUAUAAGUGUACACACAAAAUGCUUUUAGGCUUUACUUUAUCUGUGAUCUAGUAUUUUCUACUUUCAAAAUGAAAAACAGCAAUACCCCUUCAAAUAAGCUUGCUCUGCUUAACCAUAUCAAAUACGAGCACCUGGUAGCUGGUAUAUCAGGUGGCGUGACGUCUACCUUGAUACUACACCCUUUGGAUCUCAUCAAAAUCAGAUUUGCAGUGAAUGAUGGCCGGACCACCACUGUUCCUCGUUAUGAUGGGCUUGGAAGUGCCUUUGCUACAAUAGUAAGAAAAGAAGGUGUCAAGGGAUUGUACCGAGGAGUUACCCCAAAUGUAUGGGGCUCUGGUUCAGCAUGGGGUUUCUAUUUUCUAUUCUACAACGCAAUAAAGACAUGGAUCCAAGGCGGCAAUGCACGGACACCGCUCGGGCCUGGCCUGCACAUGCUGGCUGCAGCUGAAGCUGGAGUCCUCUCUCUGGUGAUGACCAACCCCAUCUGGGUGGUGAAGACGCGGCUCUGCCUGCAGUACAGUGACGAACACCUGGUGGACAACCGCCGGUACAAGGGCAUGGUGGAUGGACUCACAAAGAUCUACAAGACUGAGGGCAUCCGUGGCCUGUACAGGGGUUUCGUCCCGGGCAUGUUCGGCGUGUCUCACGGCGCGCUGCAGUUCAUGACCUACGAGGAGAUGAAGAACAGAUACAACCAGUACCGGAACCUGCCCAUCGACAUCAAGCUGACGACAAUGGAAUACCUGACCUUCGCGGCGAUUUCCAAACUGAUCGCCGCUGGCGCUACCUACCCGUACCAGGUGGUGCGAGCUCGCUUGCAGGACCAACACCGCAGCUACGACGGCGCCUGGCACUGUGUGCAAGAGACCUGGAGACAUGAAGGCUGGCGGGGCUUCUACAAGGGUCUCAAACCGAACGUGGUCCGCGUGGUGCCCGCUACAAUGAUCACAUUCUUGACCUACGAGAAUGUGUCGCAUUACAUGCUGAACAGAAACAAAGAGAUUAAACUCCCCUCCUAAGAGGGAGUAGGGACGGUUAUGUUAUUAGAGGCCACGCUAACUUUGCAACGGGUAAAAUAUUAAGGAAUAGGUCUGGUGAUAAGCCAAUAACGUCAAUGAGUCUGUUUUUCAAUCUCAGAUACUAAAUUGAGAGAUAUUGAACGGUUCAUCAACAGUCGAUUGUACCGCGAUUAAGUGACUUGGCGGGACAAUCGACUGUUGAUGAACCAGACUUUAGAUACAUUGCAAAGUUAGCGUUGUCGAUGUGUUAAAAUUAGGAAGACAUCAGCCUCCCCUUUAUCCAAGCGGGGUUUACGCUAUCAAUAAAAUUCUAAGUCAACUUCUGCACUUUUAAAUGCUAGUGUAAGCUCCGCUAACAAAGGCAGUUUUUUUUGUUUCGUUUAACAGUAAUUAGGUACGCCAUAGGCAAUUUGCCGUAGGAUAUACGUCGUGAAAAUAGCGUAAGUAACUGAGAUGGUGAGAUUAUUCAAUUUGUGGUCACAAAGUAUUUUUGGCAUAGACCUACAAAUAGGUAAAAAUGUCGUCCACUAUAUUAUAUUGUUGACAUAACACCGUGAGCUAUGCUAUGAGAAUGAGAGGGUUUUGACAGCUUAUAAAAAUAGUUUCAAUUUCAUCCGAUAGAUGGCCUCUAACGAGAAUUUGGAAUUUUCCGAAACUCCCAAGGAUUCUUGUGUUAGCUCAAAAUCUAAUUAUUAAAUAAAAGUGAAGAUGCAGCAUUUGGUAUUUUAUGAAUGAGUCGCCAGAUAAAUCUUUCUUUCAUUAAGAUUUCGAGACAUCCGUUCGAGGAGCCGAAGAUGAGAUCCAAAGAUGGCGUUGAAUAGAAUUAUGAAUGGCGCUGAAUUGAAAGAAUAGCUCUAUUCACAAAGCAAAUACAUCUUUGUGGCUCUAUUUAACUUACUAGGUAAGGGAGAUAUCAUUAUGAUAAAGGUAGUUAUGAAUUUACUUAUUUAGUGUUAUUUCCUAAUUUCUGUUUGUUUGUGUUAUUUUACCUCAUAGAUUGCAAUUUGCAAUUUUUACAUAGAUUUAAUUAAGAACUACUUCCUUGUAGGUAGUUGAAAAUGCAUUUUUUAUUUUAAUUAUUUUAAUAUCCUUCAACUAAGUUUAGAAGGAAAUUGGGACUUUCAUCACUUUUAAAAGAAAGCUAACGUUUUAGAUAUAAUUAGGAAUAAAUAAGCAAAUAAAUUUUGAAUAAUUUAACCGCAGGUAGGUAAGUAUACUCCCAUUAUUUGUACCUCCACUUAUUAAUAUUGUUUUGAUGCAAAUAACAUUGUUCCUACUUUACCCAAUAAGUAGUAAUAUAGUUUAAUUUUCUAGAAUUAAUUUAAGUAGUCUUAUUUAUGCGCGUUGUUAUUGUUUCAGUUUAUCACAAUAAAGGCAAUUUAAAGAUA